GGCGAUACAGCCCUGCCAGCUGUCAGCUAUCGAUUGUAAGAACUUUUGCUGCCUUAGAAAGCAGCAUUACGUACAAAAACAGUAUUUUUAAUUUGUUCUGCGUAACCAAAAUAAUUUACUCGCGCUUCGUAUAAAUUUCACCCGGAAUGGAUAGUAGUAUUCAUUACAAUAUGCCCUCACAAACAAACAGUAAUUCAAAUGGAGAAUCAUCGUCUCAAAAUGAAAUACCUACAUUAACUGUGUCUCUACCAGUUAUGCAAAAUGACAUAAUUAAUUCAGGGAAUAUAGCUGCAGCACAAACUUCAAUUGAAAAUCGAAUGACUGAAGGAGAAGAAAUCCCUCCUCCAAAGGCAGAUUUUUCAGCUCCACCACCAUACGAAGUAGCCACAAAAUUACCUAGUUAUGAAGAAGUUCAACGUGAAAAAACAUUACAAGGGGAACCUUGUCCUCAAAUCCACAUGCCUGAAAAUAUUAGAACACCACCAAGGCCUUUAACAAUUCUGGCUAUAGAUACUGAAGCAGCUGAGGGAGAUCCAGAAAGUGGUUUACUUGGCACUGAUUUUAUGUUCUUUAUAGGAUUUUUGGUUGCAUUUUUGUUCAAUUGGAUUGGAUUUCUAUUUUUGUUGUGUUUCUGUCACACAAUUGCAUCUCGAUAUGGAGCAUUAGCUGGCUUUGGUUUAUCUUUGACAAAAUGGACAUUAAUUGUUAAACAUUCCACCGAUCUUGCGUCACGUGAAAAUUCAUGGCUAUGGUGGGUGAUAAUGGGAUUUGGAGUUUUGAUUUGUGCACGAGCUCUUGUUCAAUAUGUGAACAUUAAACGUGGUUGGAGACUAUUACCUGGAAGUGCUCAGGAACGCUUACUCUUUUUUUAUUAACUCAUUAAAUCUGCACGUUUAUCUAACUUGGCUUUAGAACAAACAGCAUUUCUAUCUGGGGUUGUAUUUGUACAAUAUAUAAUCUACACCCUUUAAAAAUAUUACUUUAUA